AAAAAAGGUGAAUAAAGAGAUGAGCCCUGUUCUAUAUAAAAGCUUGGAUGAAAUUGCGUUUACGCUUCAUUUCUUUUUUCUUUCCCUGUCAUUCAAAACACUUGUUUAAUAAACUCUAAAUAAAAAAUGAAGUUCUCUCUUGCUACUGCUAUUUCUAGUUCUGUGCUUCUUCUUGCAAGCCUCCUUUCUACUGCUACUGCUGAACCUUCUGGCGUUGAUAAGGAUGAUAUGCCUGAAUUUCCUGUUAAAGCCAUUGCCAUGUUCCGCAACAAUGCCACCGUUGCUGGUACCGUCUUGUUCUCUCAAGAAUCGAUCAACUCUCCCACAGAAAUCUUUGCCAACAUUACAGGUCUUGAUGCCAACACUGAGCAUGGCCUCCAUAUUCAUGAAUUAGGUGAUCUUAUAGAAGGUUGUGCCUCUUUGGGUGCCCAUUAUAACCCUUUCAAUACCACUCACGGUGCUCCGGAUGCUGCAGAUGACAAGCAUCAUGCCGGCGAUUUUGGUAACGUGGUAGCCGAUGCCAACGGUAUGGCGAUACUGAACUUGAAAAUGAAGACUGUUCAGUUGGUGGGUCCUCAUUCAGUUAUUGGACGUGGCAUUGUUUUACAUUCUGGAAAAGAUGAUCUUGGUUUGGGCGAUUCUCCUUUGUCACUUACUACAGGCAACUCAGGUGACAGAUUGGCAUGUGGAGUGAUUGGACGUGCUGCCUCCGAUGCUUAAGAGCACCCCAUUAGCACCCCCGUUAGCACUUUGUCUCUCGAUUUUCUUGGGUCUCCCGCCCACCCCCCCCCUUUCUCUUACUCACUCACUCACUCGCUUUUUAAAUACUUGACAUAAUUAUCCUAGAUAUAUUUAUCGCACGGGACAAUUGUACCUUUCCAUUCAUGAAGCAAGCAUUUCAUUACAUACAAACUUAUGUACACUCUUUCAUUACUUUAUUUACAUUGAUAAUAAAUCCUUAUCCAUCCCUCAUGAUUCUUUCACC